CAUGUCUCGAGAGACUGGAAGUGAAGUGCAGCAGUCUCAAGGUGCCCAACAGUCACAGAGUGGUACCAGUUCCUCUUCCAGUGGGUCACAGAGCACUAGUCAGUCUUCCUCAAGUUCUGGGACCCUCAGUUCUUUGGACACUGUUCCCACUCAGGAGCUUCCGUCGAUCCCUGAGGACCAAGAAUCUGAAGAGCUUGUUCCUCAGCCUUGGGGUCGACUCUUUGCACUUGGAAAAGGUUUCAGCAACUGUGACUGCGUGAAUGAUGAAUACUGGUUUGGAAGAGACAAAAGCUGUGAUUAUAGUUUUUCUAAGCUAGGGUUGUCUGAGACUGGCUUCUACCAAAACUAUAGCAAGAAGCAUUUCCGAAUUUUCAGGGAAAUGGGUCCAAAAAAUUCCUAUGUUGCCUACAUUGAAGACCACAGUGCAAAUGGAACCUUUGUUAAUAGAGAGCUUGUUGGAAAAGGGAAGAGGCUUCCGCUGACUCACAACUCUGAAAUUGCGCUGUCUAUACAGACUAAUAAGGUGUUCGUAUUUUCUGAUCUUAUGGUGGAUGAUCAGUUGGUGUUUCCUAGAGAAUUCAGAGAGAAAUAUAUCAUGUCAAAGACUUUGGGAAGUGGUGCCUGUGGAGAAGUCAAACUGGCAUUCGAGAAGAGCACUUGUAACAAAGUUGCAGUAAAGAUAAUCAAUAAACGGAAGUUUAUGGCAAGUGGUAUUAGAGAGGCAAACCCAGCUUUUAAUAUCAAUACAGAAAUUGAAAUUUUGAAGAAAAUAGAUCAUCCUUGCUUAAUCAAGAUCAAAAACUUCUUUGAAGCAGAGGAUUACUACAUUGUUUUGGAACUGAUGGAAGGAGGAGAAUUGUAUGACAGAGUGUCAAGGCCAAUCAAGAUGAAAGAAGCUACCUGCAAGUUGUAUUUUUAUCAGAUGCUGCUGGCUGUAAAGUAUCUUCAUGACAAUGGAAUUAUACACCGAGAUCUAAAGCCAGAGAACGUGCUACUUUCAUCUUCUGAAGAAACAUGUCUUAUAAAGAUUACAGAUUUUGGACAAUCCAAGAUUCUUGGAGAAACUUCUCUUAUGAAAACUUUAUGUGGUACUCCCACGUAUCUUGCUCCUGAGGUUCUAAAUUCACUGGGGACUGCUGGAUACAGCCGAGCUGUGGACUGCUGGAGUUUAGGAGUUAUUCUUUUUGUAUGCUUGUGUGGAUAUCCACCAUUUAAUGAGCAAAAUACUCAACUGUCUCUGAAAGAUCAAAUUACUCGUGGAGAAUACACGUUCAUUUCAAAAGAAUGGAAGCAUGUAUCAGACAUGGCUCUGGAUCUUGUGAAGAAGCUGUUAGUAGUGGAUCCAAGCAAACGUCUUACAACAGAGGAAGCCUUAGAGCAUCCUUGGCUUCAGGAUGAGGAUAUGAAGAGUACAUUUCAACAGCUACUUGCUCAGACACGCGCCAGUAUGAAUCCACCGCAAACAUCAAAAAUGCCAACCACAACAAGAAAGCGUCUCUAUGAAAAUGAGGAAGAAUCUGGCUCUUCUAAGCGUGCCAUUCCUUCUACGUCAUUUCAGAAAAUGAGGUGAAAAAAAAGAGAAAGUGACUUUUGUUAAUGAUAGCUUUUUUUAUGGAAAGCAGAAUUUUUAUUUAAGAAAAAUCUUAAUAAUGGAGUAACUGUUGAAGAUGCAAUUGCUAAAUAAAAAUGACUUUGUAAGACUGAAGU